AUGUCCAAAUCCCAAUCCGGUCUGUCUCCUCCCAUCCUCCUAACCAUCCUCCUGACUUCUCCUACAGGAGUGGAAACAGGCGACUUUAAUGCUGGUGCUUUCUUCAUAUUUUACAAUUUGACGUCUUUUACACUCAGCAUGAGUCAGUGGGAGAAGCUGAGAAAACUGGCCCCUGUUUACACGCAGCAGGUGGAUGGACUGUACGACAGGGACGACCUCCCGAUGGACGUGAGGCAUUACCUAUCGGCCUGGAUAGAGAAGCAAGAUUGGGAAAGAGCUGCAACAGACUAUGGAUUGGCCAUUAUACUGUUUCAACAACUGCUGGAAAAUCUGGACAUUCAACACAGUCGCUUCGUUCAAGAGGAUUCUUUCCUGAUGCAACAUAACAUUAGAAGAUACAAGAACAUCUUUCAGAAGUACCAGGAGGAGCCGUGCAUGCUGGCCGGCAGGAUACAGUGGUUUUUGGACGAAGAGAAAAAGAUUUUGCAAAGUGCAGAGUUGGCUGAACAGGUCCGACAGCUGUGUGUAGAGCAGCAGGCGAUGGAGAUGGACAGUGUGCAGGACCUGGAACAGAAGAUGGCCGCCUUCCGGAACGAGGUGCAGUGCAUGGAGUAUUCCAUUGUUUGUCUGGAAGAUCAGCAAGAUGAGUUUGAUUUUAAAUUCAAGACUCACCGCAUGGAGGCUGUGAAAGACCAGAACGAGCAGCAGACCCAGCUCCGACUCCUCCAGUUAUUGGUGAAUCAGUUAAACACCUGCAGAAAGAAUAUGCUGCGGGGACUGGACAAGCUGCUGAACAGAGCUGUGGAUCUGAUGAAGACUGUGAUGCAGGAGCUGGAGCAGUGGCAGCGGCGACAACAGAGAGCGAGUAUCGGAGCUCCUGAACAAGUUAGCCUCGACCAGCUCGAGAAAUGGUUCACGUGUGUUGCACUGAGUCUCUUUCAAGUCAGAGAGUUUCUGCGGAAACUUGACGAACUGUCAGAGAAAGUAUCUUACGAAAAUGACCCACUGAAAACUCAGAAACCUCUGCUGCAGACGAGAGCCGACAAACUGCUGUGCAAUCUCCUUCUCAGUUCGUUUGUGGUUGAGAAUCAGCCGUCGAUGCCGCAGGGGAAAGGUCCUCUGGUGCUGAAAACCAGCUCCCAGUUCUCAGUCAAAGUCAGGCUGCUCGUUAAGUUUCCAGAACUCAAUCACUCAAUGAAAGUGGAGGUGUCUAUGGAGAGCAAUUCUCCUCAGACCAAAGCAUAUCGACGUUUUAAUGUUUUAGGGACAAAAAGCAAAGUUCUCAGCAUGAACGAGAGCCACAGCGGAGGCUUCGUGGCAGACUUCCGACACCUGAGUCUAAAGGAGCAGAAGUCUGGAGGAGGAGGGAAAGGCUCUAACGAAAUCUCUCUCAGCGUCACAGAAGAACUCCACAUCAUCAACUUUGAGACCGACUUUAACUUCAAAGGGAUGUCGCUGAAGAUGCAGACCUCGUCUCUGCCAUUUGUGGUCAUCUCCAACUCCAGUCAGCAGCAGAGCGCCUGGGCCUCAGUGCUCUGGUUCAACCUGCUCAGUCACGAUGCAAGAGACGUUACCUUCUUCGCCUCGUCUCCCUCAUCCCCAUGGCCUCAGUUUGCAGAGAUGAUGAGUUGGCAGUUUCUCUCUGCGACAGGACUCGGACUAAACCAAGCACAGACAGAAAUGAUCGCCUUCCGACUAUUUGGAAAGCAGCAGAGCUAUGACGACUUAAACGUGUCUUGGGCUAAAUUCAGCAAAGAGAAUGCCCCACUGACCUUCUGGCUGUGGUUUGAUGGUAUUCUGAUGUUGGUGAAACAAUAUCUGGCAGAUCUGUGGAAAGAUGGUCUGAUCAUGGGUUUUGUGACAAAGGCCAAAGAGAAGAAUCUUCUGAAGAGGAAGCAGAGAGGGACGUUCCUACUGCGCUUCAGCGAAAGUCUGAUGGGAGGAGUUACCUUCUCCUGGAGAGACACCACCAUCACCGGUGAUCCAGAGAUUAAAACCGUUCGACCUUUCACCAAAAGCGAUCUGGAUCAAAUUCCUUUUCAUGAAAUAAUACGGAACUUCCAGCUGAUGGAGCAGGACAACGUUCCGGAGAAUCCCCUGCUUUAUCUUUAUCCAAACAUUCCCAAAGACGAGGCCUUCAGGAAGUACUACAGUGACAAGAGCGGAGAACAAAGUCCUUACAUCGAAUACAUCAGAACAAAACUCAUGUUCGUCACCACAGAGAACUCGUCAGAGGCUUCUGAGCUUUGUGCAGAGUCAGAACAAACCACCAUUGAUUCGUCUGCUCUCACGUUGGAGAAGUUCCUCUCGGACCCUCUGCUGUCGCCCCCUGAUGGUGCAGGCCGUAAAAAGUGCUGA